CGAUACUAUAGCAUGACGAAUUUCAUCGUUUUGGUUGCCGAUUGACAUAUACUGCAUCUUUUGAACGAAGGAAUGGUCAACGUUUGCAUCCAUCUCGUCAAUUUAGGUUCUAGUUCCAUGGUUCUUUUUUAUGUUGUCUCAUGUUUGCUGUCUAGCUGUCUAAUAAGAAAAUUUGGAUGUCAGAAACAUCAAAAUUGAAUUUAAAAACUGCCAAUUUAUUAUAGUCCUCCGAAUAUAGAAUAACUUUCGAAAUGGCUUUAGCGCUGUUACUUCGCAACACGUCUAGACUAUCGUCAGGUGGCUUUCCUCAGCUGGUGAAAACUGCAACCUCAAAAAGGCAAUUUUCACAAUUGCUGGGCAAAAGUACGAAGAAUGUAGCCGCUUACACAAAAAACAAGACCAACCUUGAGCUGGUGAAAAGAUCCAUGUCUGGGGAUCAUAGCAAAUUGUGGCCUAUCGAAAAAGCUGUUUCAGUCCUACUUUUGGGGGUCGUUCCUGCCACUUUUAUCUCGCCCAACUGUAUAUUAGAUGAUAUUUUUGCUGUGCUAGUAGUCACACAUUUCCAUUGGGGUUUGGAAGCAUGUGUGGUUGACUAUGUGCGACCAAUCAUUUUUGGCCCUGUGAUUCCUAAACUGACUAUGGCAUUGCUGUAUUUGAUCUCAAUUGGCACAUUGGGAGGCCUGCUGUACUACAAUCACCACUGCAUUGGUAUUGGAUGCACUGGAAGAAGGAUUUGGGAAAUCAAAAAGUAGAAGAUUCUGCUAUGUUAAUGUACUUUAUGUAAAUUAUUUGAAUAAAAUUUAUUUAUGAGUUUCUUUGAAACAAUAUAAUACUGAAAACUCUUUUCAAAA